AUGACGACGACGACGACCGACUACGAAAACGUCCACUUGAUCAUCCUCCACCAUGGACUCUGGGGGAACGUCGGCCAUGUCCGCUUCAUUGCCGAACAGUUCAAACAGCGUCUCGGAGACCGCCUCCUUGUCUACCGGGCACAGGCGAACGAGUCGGCAUACACGUACGACGGAAUUGAUGUCUGUGGACAGCGACUGGUUCAGGAAAUCCACAGUGUUGUCAAAGUGAUCGAGAACGGUGGCAAUGUUGAGGAGAUGAAGGGUCAAAAGCUGAAGCCCACUACCACCGCCAAAUCUGACGAGACGAAGCAGGGCACCACUAACACGAGUAACAAGAACGAGGAUCUCUCAAAGGAUAUUGGUACGGCAGGAUCAUCAGGAUCUGGCAAAAAACUGCGUAAAGUGGCCCAGUUCUCGUUUUUGGGUUACUCGCUGGGAGGGUUGAUUGGUCGGUUUGCGAUAGCGAUGCUCGAUCUGGAGGGGUUUUUCACGUCGAAGGAGGAAGGAGGUCGAGGUGUGGAGCCGGUGUACUUUGUGACCAUGGCCACACCACAUCUCGGUAUCCGACAGCCUUCUCGAUCAAGGUUCACCAAGGUGUACAACUUUUUGAGUGCCCGUAUGCUCAGCCGAACAGGAGAACAAUUGCAGCUUGUGGACGACUACGUGUAUGGGAAGCCGAUCCUGUUGGUCAUGUCGGAACCGACCAGCAUCUUUAUUCACGUCCUGGCAAAGUUCAAGAGGAGGGUGGUCUACAGCAAUGUCAGCAACGAUCGGUCGGUGCCCUUCUGGACUGCCAGCUUCUCGGAUGCGGACCCAUUCCGGAAACUUGAUGCCAUGGAAAUUCAAUACCACGAUGAGUAUUCAUCGCUGAUCGAAUCGUACGAGCACCAGGAUCAGGAAGCAUUGGAACGAAUUGCAAAGGAGCGAGCGGAAUACUUAAAGAUGGCAUCGUUUACAGAGCGCACUUCUAUUCGACUCAAGGCGAUCCCAUGGAAGAAAUACGUUCUCUUUGGGCUCCUCGGCCCUGUCCUGAUCCCUGUCUGGAUUGUGAUUGCGUGCUCGACCAUCUCGGUGCAAGGUUUCAAAUCGAGGAGGAGGACGAAGCAGAUUUUUGGAUCGAACCCAGAGUUGGACAAGAUGAAGGAUGAGGCUGUCGUGGUUCGGAUGACUGCUCUAUUAGAUGAGGAUACAUCGUCGGCUUCGUCCUCAGCGACCGGAUCUCCAAAGGUGCCGGAGCAGCGCCUCUUGUCGACAAAAGAUACCCAGGCGGAUUCGUCCGUCACACUUCAGGAUGAUGCUGAAGGACCAAAAGGAGGAGCUAAUACCACUACUACUAUUACAGCUACGCCAAAAUCCACCCAGACUUCCAUCGCCGAAACCAUUGAUGGCGACGACAGCAACCACGUCAACAAGACUUCCACCACCCAAGCUACUACUGCAACCGGUUCAAGCUUCAAAGCAGCGGCAGCGGGGCACGUGGCGUCAAUCUCGUUCCCACAUCUCAAGAACGUCCGACAGCUCCGUCUUCUCCCCGUCCAGAUCGAGAUCUCGCGCAACAUGAAUCGGUUGAAGUGGAAGAAGAACGCGAUUCAUUGUGCAACGGCGAUGAACGCGCAUGCUAGUAUCAUUGUGCGCGAGGGGCGGUUCUCGGGCAAGGACGGUAUUGCGGCUGUCCAGCAUGCUGUCGAUAUAUUUAGGGACGAUGGCGAAGAUAUAUGA